AGAGGACCAGGGGGAACUCGACUGCCAUGCUAGGAAGGGGAGAGAAGGCGUUAAAGAUGCUGGGACGCGCUAGAGCACAGAUGCCGUGACGGAGAAGGCUUCGCAGCGGAUUAACGCAGGGCGCGGCAGGCGCCAUGGAGGAGAUGAUGGCAGGCGGCAGGUACGGCUGGGCGGCUCUGACGGACGAGGAGCGCCUGGCGGGAGCGGCCGCCCUGGCGCUCAGCCAGCUCUACGCGGAGCAAGGCGACGGCGACGGCCGCCCGGGAGGAGCCUGGCCGCUUCCCCACUACGAUCCCUACACCAAGGCCUCCGUGGCUCCCGGCGCCCGGCCCGCUUUCCCCGCGCCGUCGACGGGGCCCCGGAGGCUGGCGAUGAAGAGGAAGGUGCUGCGGCGGCGGCCCGACGGCGGGGUGGAGGUGUCCGACGAAUCGGUCGCCAGCGAAGCGGACGCCGGCGGCGAGAGCGAGCCGGAGGUCUGGGACCGGCGGGAGGAGUCGCUCCAGCUCGGCGCCGCGCCGGGAGAUGGCACUUCCGAGGGGGAAACCGAGUCCGGCAGCAGUUUCCUCAGCGAGCCUUCCCCGGAGCUGUAUCGUCGCCCCCCCUUCCUCCUCGGGGACUUCCAGGGAUCUCCCUCUUCCCGGCAGGACGCGACGGGACACCCCAAAUCUUUCAUCCCUCCGAGGUUGGACCAACCGGGCCGCAACCACGGGAAAACCGACCGCGUGGCCAAGUACCUGGAGUACAAGCGAGACUGGGAGGCGUUCCCCAUCCCGGGGGAGGACGGGCGCAAGGAGCUGCGCUGGGCCGUCCGCGAGCGGAUGCUGGGCAGGGCCGAGGAGCCGAGCAGGCCGCGCCGCGCCGCCGGCCCCAACGGCUACGUGGCGCCCACCGAGAAGAAGCGGGCCGCCCUGCGCUGGCAGGUGCGCUGCCGCCUGGCCGACGGCCUCGUGCCCGCGCACGGCUCCUCCUCGUAGCCGCGCCGAGGCCUCCGCCAUGCCGGGAACCCGCACGGCUGCCCGUCGCUCCCCUCGACGCCUUAAUUUUCCAUCCGGUGCCAAACAGCGGCACUCGGCUGCGUGCAACAACGUCGCCUCCGCAAAGCUUCCGUCUGAAUAACCGUUUUGUCAGAAAGUCGUGGAAAACAGACAAAAUGAAGAACAACCGCUCAGCCCGCAGGACUUCCGCGCUCGAAUCACCAGCGUGACGAGCCCUGGGGCUUCUCUGCAUUUCCCUGCGCCCGUUCCUCCAUGGGGACCGUUUUAUUUAUGGUUUCUCAGCGAUAUGUUUCUUUAAUAAAGCACCUGAAAACGCCUGUGCGUUACUGAGAAACGCGAUUGGCAUGAGACGCUGCUAAA